AUGGCAACACGGAGCGAGCGUGCUAUGAGCUCUGGCCGCGGACGGAGCGUGCGGAGCGAGAGUGUUGGAGGGAGCGGAAGCGGAGGUGCGACAGAGCGGGUCUUUGCGCCCGUCGACCUCGCCGACGUCUACCGCGACUCGCCCAUGUUCCGGGAAAAGGUCCGAGUGACGGCCAAGGGUACCGACAAGCUCCGCGGCUCGGUGGCGACUGUGGUCAAGGCUGCGGAGAAGAUGCAUGGUGCAUCAGUCAAGUACGCUGAGGCUGCUCGCGCCUUUGGCGGCGAGGUCCUCCAGGCAUUGCCAGGCAACGCCACCGGCUCCAACACCGUCGAGGCCUCCUUCAACGAGGCUGUCCUCCACAUUGCCGACGCCAUGAAUGAGCUGGCUGCCUUUGGUGAGGCCCUUGCCUCGCAGAUGGUCGACGUCUUUAUCGAUCCCAUGCACGCCCUCAUCGCUCGCGCAGACGCCGUUGUCAAAGACUCGGGCAAAGCCUGGGCCUCGCGCCUCUCCGCCGUCGACUCGGCCGUCGGCAAGUACUCCAAGCUCUCGCGAAACGCGUCUGCCGUCGAAACCUCCAAGGUCAAGCACGAAAUGGACCUCGCCCGCCACAACUUUACCGCCUUUGGCGUCCAGCACGUGGAGGAGCUCAACGAUGUCGCCGCCGCCAAGCACUUUGACGUCCUCGAGCGCCUCCUGGCCCUCCUCUACUCGCAUGCGGCCUACUUUCAUCGCGGCCACGAGCAUAUGUCGUCCAUGGCACCGGUCAUGACCUCGCUCACCGAGCAGCUCGCUGCAGAUCGCGCCGCCUACGCCGCCGAGAAGGAUGCUAUGCACGCCGCGCUCUCCGCCGCGCUCACCGAUCCAGCCGGCCUCGACGGCAGCGCGACGCCCUCUCCCGCCACCCCGGGUCGCCCGGUCACUCCGGCUGCUGGCGCGCCCGACGAAGCUUCCGCUGCCGCUGUCGAGGACGACGUCGCCUUUCAGGGCUAUCUCUUCAAGCAGUCGUCGUCGUUCAUGCGCGACUGGAAGCGGAGGUUCUUUGCCAUCAAGGACGGCCAGUUUGUGUACUACAAGAACGACUCGAACCUCAAGCCCAUCCACGCCGUCAACACUCUCCUCUGUUCCGUCCGCCUCCCUGCCGACUCGGCCACCGACCGCCGCUCGUGCUUUGAGGUCAUCACCCCGCAACGUGCAUACCUGCUGCAGGCCGAGAACGACGCCGCCCGCGACGCCUGGAUCGCCGCCAUCCAGUCUGCCACCGCCCAACAGCUCAAUCAUAACGAGGUUGGUACCGCUGGUGGAGAGUCGGCUGCAGGCUCGUCCGCUGGGCCGGGCACCCCACGCGCCGGCGCCAGCGGCGAGCCCGGCCUCGCCGCUGACGAUGGUGUCUCGGACCAGCUUGUUGCUCUCUGGCGCGCCGACCCGGCAAACAUGGCCUGUGCCGACUGCGGCGCGCCACAUCCCAAGUGGUGCUCGCUUAAUCUCGGUGCGAUCUUUUGCAUCGACUGCUCCGGCGCCCACCGCUCGCUCGGAACCCACAUUUCCAAGGUCCGAUCGCUCGAGCUUGACGCUCUCGACCCGCACGCGCUCCACGUUCUCAGGGCGCUCGGCAACGCUGUGUCUAAUGCUGCCUGGGAGGCCGACAUCGAUGCCGUCGCCGAGUACAAGGUCGACGGUGUGAUCAAGGAUGUCAAUGCCGUCCGCACCUUUAUCUCACUCAAGUACCGCGACCGCCAGUUUUGCGGGCGCAACUCGGGCGACCUCUCACCCGGUGCCAUGGUCGCGGCCGUCGCCGCCAACUCGCGCACUGCCGUCCUCGAGUGUCUCGCCUCACCCGAUGCUGCCAUCUUAUUGGAUGGUCUGCAGCCUGUUCCGCCGGCCGUCGCUGACGACGCCGGCAUCCCGCCCGACACUGCUGUUUCGCCGCUCCAUCUCGCCAUCGCCCUUGACCGCGUCUGGAUCGUCGAGUUCCUCCUCGCCAACUCGGCCUCACCUGACCUGCCCGACUCGCGCGGCUGGAGCCCGCUCCACUACGCUGCUCGCUCUGAUGCCGGUGCCAUCACUGGCCUGCUCAUUCGCCGCUCCGCUUCUCUCGAGCCGCUCAACGACGCCGGCCGCUCGCCGCUAGACCUGGCGCUCGAGACCAUGGCAGCUAACACUUCGACGCUCAUCCGGUUUGCCCGCAUGUCACUCGACGACGCCGACACAUCCUUGCUCGCGCCGGACUCGCCAUUUAUGAUCACGUUCCAGACCCUCGUCGCCGAGGCUUGCGUCGACGACGCCCUGCCGCCGCCCGCCGCCGCCAGUGACGCCGCUCUGCUCCGGGUCGACACAACAGCCCCGUCCACCCGCCGCCGCCGCCGCCGCCGACGCAAGGGCUCACGCUCGCAGCAGGACCCGGAGCCGCCGACCUCCUCCGACGCCACCAUAUCCCAACAAGCGCACCAUAACUCGGACGUCUCAUUCUCCGACUCGCAGGGCUGGACAUCGUCGUCUGACUCGGUGCCCAUGGCCGCCGCCGAUGGCACUCCUGUCGCCGUCGUCCCCGUCGAAUGGGACGCCCAAGACGCGCUGUGAUCGCUGCGCAUCACACCGGGCGCACAGCUUCACCCACCGAUGGCACCCGUCCACCACUCUCGCGCACCGCCGC